AUGAAUGGAGGUGACCAUGAUGGAUAUACAAACCCUGAGGCAGUCGUGAUCGAAAAGACUCAGUAUCGUGAUCGAUGGAACGAACUGGUCAUCCGGUGGGGCCCUGUUGAGUAUCUGGUCAUGGCUGCUUAUUGUGUACGCCGAUCACCGGCUUCUGUUGUAACAUCACAACGAUAUCUACGCAAUUAUUGCAAGCACGAUUCGGCACGUCUGUGGAGCUACAACAGCCAAUCAUUCUCAGAUGCAGGAUUUUACCCAACACAUCCCUUGGCUAUCGAUCAUCACACAGCCAGGGCACGAUCAAAAUACAAGGACAAGGCGAGCUUGGCGUCAUUGGUCUUGAAUUUAGUCAUAUCGAGGCACCUCACAUCUCACCAUCGACAGGCGGCAUUGACGAUCCUGGAAAGCACAAAGGAGUUUAGCCAUAUAUCGACAACAGAGUGGGCUCGCGUUUCUACAAUUGAAGAGGCAGUUUCGAUUUUUGAACGUACUGUACCAAGUGCUGGAAUCUUGCAUCCUUUGCGCAUAUUGAACAAGUUGGAUAUUCUACCACAAUCCGAACACUGCAGAAUAUCUCAUUUGCUCAACGACACCAAUAUCGUGGAUGAUAUUCGUGAGAUGUAUAACCAACCCAUCGCCAACACCUUCAAAAGCUGCAACAAGAAAAACGCUCAAGCAACUCAUAAAGCAAUAGUAUAUCUUGAUUAG